AAAGUGAAAACUGAUUCCUAGAAAAUGACAAAAAAGUGAGUGCAUAAAUAUUCACCCCCUUUUCAAAGUGACUGAGCUAAUUCAACAGAGGUCCAGCCAAUCAGUGCCAGCAGUCUCACAAUGAGUCAAAUGGAGAUAAUUGGCUAAAGCCCGGGGAAUAUGGCUAAAACAUCUCCAAUUUUCUGUUGCUUUUCUUUUCAUUCCAGAUCCAGUUUCUGAUUUUAAUUUAGUUGUUUUUUAUCUUUCUUUCUUUUCUGAAAAGGAAAUAGCUUAAAAACCAAAACUUUGAAAUUAUUGCCCAGCCCUAAAUUACCUCUUUGAAAAGUUUUUACAAAAAUUAUUUUCGUGGUGAGAUCAUUUUUUAGUGUCCAAAGGAGGUGGGUUGAGCAACAAAAGAAAUUAAAUUGAGAGUUGAGUUGAUUUGCUAACAAUGAAAGGAUCUUCCUGUUCUUUUGCAUCUCAGAUAAAAACAGAUCUGGAUCUUGUCACGUUUAUCUCUUGUGAAGAUCAGUUUUGAUUGGCUAGUUUUUGGUCUUUUUUUUUUUUGUUUUGUUUUCUUAAAUAAUGCAAAGCCGUCAGUUUUUUUUAUCUCCUAAAGGCUUCAGUCAAGAGUUCAUACCUGCAGCCGAAAGAUAAACAGCCGACUCCCAAAGGCGUUUUUCUAGAUGACUUUGUGGAUUGUUUGCAAUGCUGGAGGAAACGGUUUGUUUUUCAUUUGCAACUGGCCUCUAGUUACGGUUAGCUACCAUUCAGAUAGUAUCUUACUUUAAACUGAAACUAAAGAGGUGAAUUUGUGUUUUGUUACAGGAUAAAGAGUGGAAAGCGAUGCUGUAACUGUAAAUAUGUUAGUCAGUGUUUCUGGGAGUAAACUAACGAUGGUGUCUGGACGGUGGGGCUGUCGGAGCGGCACGUAGCCCUGAGUGACUUUGGCGCUGAGAUCCACUCGUGUCUGGGCUCCAUGCCAGCUUCUGCAUUGCACUUAUGUAACCUCUCCUUAUCUCUCCCAGCCCAUCCUCUUUCCCUCAUUCUCCUUCUUUCCUUUCACUUUUUAAUGCUUCUCUUAUGCUCUGCUGUCGAAUCAAAUUUUUCUUCGUCGUUAUGUCCUGACUUGCCUGCGUUCGUCUGUGUAAGCAUGACUGUGCAGUUUUUGAGAGUCAGCCGACACCGCUGCCCUCGGACCGCCCAGCCCGGCCCUCUGGACGAGGCGUGCGUCCAUGACCUCAUGGCUGCUGGCGUGCAAACCCACCAGUGAAGUUUAUAUUAAUGGAGCUUCAAUGUGCAGGAGGGGAAAUAAGAGAUGGAUCUGCACCAUAAAGAAACAACGUCUGGAGAGAUUCUGCCGGUCGUAAUCAUCGGUAACGGCCCUUCUGGGAUCUGCCUGUCUUACCUGCUGUCAGGCUACGCCCCCUACCUGUCGGUAGAGGGAUGUCACCCGAACCCCCUGCUGCACAGCAAGCUGUCGGAGCGGCCUCACCUGUCGCUGCUGGAGCAGGAUCUGGAGUAUCUCUGUGAGGGCCUGGAGGGCCGGUCGUCCAACCCUGUGGCGGUGCUCUUUGAUUCGCUGCUGCUGCCGGACAGCGACUUCGGUCUGGACCACACGUCGCCCCUGGAGUGGCGGUACGAGCCGGAGCGAGCCGUUCCCCACCUGGUUCUGGGAAAAGGCCCGCCUGGAGGCGCCUGGCAUGCCAUGGAAGGAUCCAUGCUGACGCUCAGCCUGGCCAACUGGAUGGAGCUUCCCGGGCUCAAGCUGAAGGACUGGAUGAGAGACAAGCGCAGAAAUGUGAGAAACGACCGCGCCACCCCGGCAGAAAUCGCCUCCUACUAUGAGCACUACGUAUCCCAGAUGAACCUGGAGCAGAACUUCGCCUGUGGGACCACCGUUACUGCGGUAACCAGGGAAUCCGGUCAGCAGGAUGGGUCACCGCCCUGCUGGAGAGUGUCGGGACUGCAGCGGAGAGACGGCGAAAUUCUAGGAGACGGUUGCUCGGUUACGGAGGAGGUGCCUUUCUCGCUGUUGGCGCACAACGUGGUUCUGGCGACGGGAACGCACGACGUGCCGGCUCGGCUCGGCGUGGAAGGAGAAUCGCUGCCCUUUGUCUGCCACUCCUUCUGGGAGCUGGAGGCGGCCAUCGCCCGCGGCGAGCUCGACCAAUCCUCCGACCCCGUGCUGGUGGUGGGGGCGGGGCUUACGGCGGCCGAUGCCGUCCUCGCCGCUCACCACCUCAACACGUCGGUGUGCCACGCUUUCCGGCGCUCGGUCUCAGACCCCGGGCUCAUCUUCAACCAGCUGCCCAAACUGCUCUACCCAGAGUACCACAAGGUCCAUCAGAUGAUGACUCAGCAGCAGCACCAGUCUCACCCUUUGGACCGGGCCCAGAACCUUCGCCGUGCUCCUUCCUCCUCCUCCAGCUCACCUUCCUCCUACCCCGGGUACCUGAGCUUUCCCUGCCACCGGGUCGCCGCCUUCCGGCCCGACCGGAAGUGCGUCCUGGAGUCGGACUCCGGUGAGCAGACGGUGGUUCGGGUCUCCAAGGCGCUGGUUCUGAUCGGCGCUCAUCCAAACCUCUCCUUCCUUCGCGACAACGGCCGCUCGUUAGGCAUUGACCCAGAAGAGCCGAUUUCCUGCCGGAGGAACCCGAUCGAUGUGGACCCGAUCACAAACAUGGUUCUGGCGGCGGACGGGCCGGGAAUGUACGCCAUGGGCCCGCUGGUCGGGGAGAACUUUGUCCGGUUCCUGAAAGGCGGGGCGCUGGCCAUCGCCGGGGAUCUGUGGAAGCGGCGCAACGGCGGGCAGGAGGCCGUUACGCCGGACAGCCGGGUCGACCGCCGGAGAGACGCCCGGGUUCUGAACUCGUAGCUCGGAGCCGAGGCGAACGGACCGACUCUGGAACCCGAGUUCAACCGGACCUGUUGUGGGAUCAGCUGGAGAAACGGCAGCAGGACGUUUCUGUUUGGACCCGAUUUGUAACCAGAUACCAGAACGGUUUUCUGUAAAUUUUAUGAUAAUCCGUUUUUUGCUGGAAAUAUUUAAGUUUCUUCCAAGUUUUUAAAUUAUUUAAAUGUUUAGGGUCUGUUGCUAACGGCUACGUUUUAGGGCCAGAACAAGAGAACAAAAUUUUAAUUGCAAAAAUAAAGUUAUGUAAUUUACAGUCGCACAACAAAGUCAAAAUAAUAAUAGAGUUGUAAUAAAGUCACAAUUAUAAAAAAUGUUAAUACGAGAACAGCCAUAUUUACGAGAAUAAAGGAGCAACAAUAUGUAAAAAUUGGAUCAAAAGUAAAUAUAAAAAUAAAAUUAAUAUAUUAUUAAAGUUGCGAUAAUACAUGGAUGAAAUUGUUCCAAAACUUAUUUUGACUGGCCCUAAUUCUGUGUUUAAGCUGACAAUCCAUAUUAAUAUUUAAAGCUUAAUUGAUUAUUUUUACUGCAGCUUCCAGUCUGUUUGGUGUUUUAAGCCACUAAUCUGUUAAACGUCUGUUUUUAUAGCACUUUAUUAUAUCUGUGCUGCUUUUUAUUUCAUGUUUAAUCUUCUAACCUAAUGUUUUCUUUAUAAAAACUGUUUUCUAUUUAUUGAUUUUACUAAGAAAAAAAAAGAAAAAGAUUUUUCUAUUCUAAUUUUUUAAUCCAUUAAAGAUGUUUGCUUAGUUAAAUCAAGCCAUAAGAAGACUUUUAAAAAUCAAAAUUUUUAUAUUUCAUUUUUCAUCCUCUUUAAAUAUUUUUCUCACUUUCAAAUAUUUUAUUUACCCCUUUUUGUACUGAAGCAAUAAUCAGCAUUAAGGUUCAACUGAACAUAUAUUUACAUCCAAAACGUACUAUAGCAUUUUUUAAAUUAACUUUUAUUUUCUGUUUCCUUUGGGAUCGGUAGUCUGUUAUCAGAAAUUUUAAACAUGCCAAAUGUCAUAAUUUAUUUGUUUGCAAUUAAAAUAACACACAUUUAAGAUGUUAUAGCAAAAAUGUGAUUUUAUAACUUCCAUCUCCUGUAAGAAAAACGUCAUAUUUCUUAAUUUGGUGUAAAAUGAUCCCUUUUUUCAGUUUUUUAGGUUUUUUAAUGCUGCAGUAGGUUUUGUGUGUAAAUGUCGACAGGAUUCAGUUUAAGUGCCUUAAAAAGUCAUUGGAUUCUUACAGAAUCGUCUCCCGUUUGAGUCAUUAUUGUGCAGAUAAAUCCAGACCUUCUCUGUUUGCAGGUGCUGUUUAUAAUAAAUGGGAAGGUUUGUUCCUGGA